AUGAAAUAUAUUAACAACUUGAAAGAUAUUGAAAAUAAAAUAAAAUCCAUCUGCGAUAACUGUUGCGUAGACGUACCGAAGAUAUUAAUUGUAAGCAAAUAUGUAGGAAAUGAGGAAAUAAAUAACAUCCACUCAUAUGACAAAAAAUAUCACUUUGGGGAGAAUUCUCUUGAAGCUUUGGAAGAAAAGUCACGACAGCUGCCACAAACCAUAAAGUGGCAUUUCAUAGGGAAUCUUCAAUCAAAGAAAUGCAAGGCUUUAGCAAAUGUAAAAAAUUUGCACAUGGUGGAAUCAUUAGAUAAGCAAAAAAAAGCUAUUUUGUUAAAUAAUUAUUUAAAAAUUAUGAAUGAAAAUUUAAAAAAUGGCAAUAACAAUUUAAAAAAAAUUCGUGUGUUAAUGCAAGUUAAGACAACAGACGACCCGAAUAAAACUGGAAUUAUGCAUAGCAACUAUGAUGACAUUGAAAGUACAAUUUUGUACAUUAUUAACAAUUGUGAAUUCUUAAUUUUUAAGGGACUUAUGACGAUUUCCUCCUUAGAUAUAACAAAUAGAGAAAACUCCUUCAUAAUUUUGAAUGAUAUUAAAAAUAAACUGCUAAAUAAUCCUGUUAUAAAUAAUUUUUUUCGCGGAAAAAAAUUUCAUAUGAGUAUGGGCAUGUCUGGGGACCUUGAACUAGCCAUUAAGCACAGAACAACCCAGCUGAGAAUUGGGAGUGCCAUUUUUGCCUAA